GUGUCUAAUUAUAAUUCUGCUUUAAUUAAAAAAAAAAAAAAAUUGCUGCGAAAGGGAAGAUCAACUAGCCAUGACACGAACAACCAGGUCAACUUCAAUCAUUUCCAGUCAAACUCGUACAAAUAUAAGGAUAAAACAUCUAAAGCGAAAUUAGUAUUGGUUAACAAAAUACAUAUUAUUAGCUUAAUAUAUUUAAUUUUGAUAUUUAUUCCGAUUCCUGUAUAUACUUCAUCAAAAAUUUAAUUGAAUUUAUAUCGACUAAUCAAUGCGCCGAAUUUCCACGCGAUGAUUUCAAUUCUUAGACGACGAUUACCAAUUACAACAUCAUUUCCGUAUAUAUCUAUUCUAACCGCAACCCCCGCCAAACUAAUGGAUUCAGCAGCAAACUCGUUUGGAGGUUCUCAGAGCCUCGUGGCCUUGGCCCAACAGCUACGACACUACAAGGCACCGCGAAUGCCCUUUGAUGACGAUUCAGAGGAGGCCACCUUCGAAGAAAGUGCCGGAAAGGUCGUGUCCCAAGUGGGUGUCGUGGAAUCGGCUACCCCAAUUAGCCGAGACCCACAAAGAUUCAGACCAAAGAGAGCAGCUGUCUUAAUCUGUCUUUUCCAAGGAGAAGCUGGGGAUCUGCGAGUAAUUCUCACUAAGCGGUCCUCCACUCUGUCUACUCACUCGGGUGAAAUUGCUUUGCCAGGGGGAAAAGCAGAGGAGGGUGAUAAGGAUGACGGUGACACAGCUACGAGGGAGGCACAUGAGGAAAUUGGUUUGGAUCCAGCACUUGUGAAUGUUGUGACAGUUCUUGAACCAUUCCUUUCCAAGCAUCUUCUUAGAGUAGUUCCAGUCAUUGGCAUACUUAAUGACAAGGAAUCAUUCAAGCCUGCUCCCAAUCCUGAUGAAGUAGAGGCUGUAUUUGAUGCCCCAUUAGAAAUGUUUAUUAAGGAUGAGAACAGAAGAGUAGAAGAGAGAGAGUGGAUGGGGAACAAGUACCUUAUUCAUUUCUUUGACUAUGAAACAGAGAAUAAGAAGUUCUUGAUAUGGGGUUUGACUGCUGGGAUCUUGAUUAAAGCAGCAUCAGUUGUAUACCAACGGCCACCACCUUUUCCAGAGCAAAAUCCUAUCUUCAAAAUUCUUGAAAAUGUAGAAAAGGAUACCGCAUUGCCCUAGUUAUAAGAAGAAAAUAAUUCUUUGGAGUGUAAUAAUGUGAGUGUGUUACUUCACCUAAUUUUGAAUCUGCAGUUUAUAUAAACAUCUUCAGUUUUGAAGCUUUAA